AUGGAUUCCGACGAUGAACGAUUCCAACAAGCGGUAGAUCUGGUGUUCCAAAACCUUGUUGCAGCGGUGCAACGUGAAGCCGACGAGGUGGAAGAUGCGGCGGAGGCGGUGGCAGUCCCUCGGCCAUUCUAUCAUCGGCGGUAUUUCGACCGUGAUCAUGCCGGGGCUGACCGCCGGUUGAUGGAAGACUACUUCAACGAGAACGCCCGUUAUCCGCCAGAGGUUUUCCGUAGGCGAUUCAGAAUGUCUCAAAAUCUCUUCGUCCAUAUAGCGACGUGUUUGGCGCAGAGGUUCAAGUGCUUCAACUUGCGAUAUGAUGCCACCGGUCGACCCGGCUUGUCGACAUACCAGAAGUGUACGAUGGCAAUUAGGCAACUUGCCUAUGCCGGGCCUGCUGACAUGUUCGACGAAUACCUACAGAUGGACGAAACGACUGCCCUACAGACGUUGAGGCAGUUUUGCAGGGGCAUUAAGGAUAUCUUCAAAGGGGAGUAUCUACGGAAGCCAUCGGCCGAUGAUUGCCAGAGAUUGAUUGAUAUGCACGGGACUGCACAUCAUUUUCCAGGGAUGUUGGGGAGCAUCGAUUGCAUGCACUAG